CGGUGCCAGUGGUGGAAAGUGGCAGCAGGCAGCAGCUAGAGGCCACAUUCCUACUCCUACACCACCGCCACCACCACGGGUCCACCGUCCACGGCACCACCACCCUUCCAAUCCAACUGCCCUUGCGUUGCGGUGCACAUUUUCCUCCCACUACUACUUUAUUGCACAAACCGAAUCCCACGCCUUCUCUUCUCUUUCUUUCCCCUUCCUCUCACGCACCCUGCUGCUCCUGCCGGCUGGCUGCCGCCGCUGAUCCCUCUCCCUCUCUUACCACAAGCCGCAAUUGCCGGCUGCUCCUCUUUCUCUCACCCCCAUUGUUGCCUGCUGGAGGAAGUGGGAAAAGAAAGAUGGCUUCUUGGGAGUGAGUAAGGAUCACAUGAUGCAAUUACCUCCAUCUUUCUCUCUUCUCUUUUUGUGGGCGGCAUAUUCUUCUCCUCCGCCUGUCUAGAUCCUUGUUUCCUCGGCCCGGCUUAGCUUCCAAUCUCACCAACGGUCCAAGUUGCUGACCACGGAGCAUUUCUUCAAACGGGUCAUUCUCUGCGCCGGUUCCAUCGGGUUUUGAUGCAAGAGUAGAGGACUUGGCAGGCUGUUGCGACUGGUGGUUGGAGAGCAGGAACCAAUUUCAUGGCGUGUGCCCCCCUCCCUUUUAGCCAGAUUGAGGACAAUUUCAGCCAAUUUUGUAGGAACCCGUUAAACCCAUCCGGAGAAUUUUUCUUGCGCCUCCUAUGAUUACGAGCUGUGUCUGGACAGUGCCUACGCUCUGGAGUUUUAGUGCGAAUUGUUACCGGUUUCAGUCAAUUUUGAUCAAGCCCAGGGAAAGUACCAAUUUGGGAGUUCCAGCUGGUGCUGCUGUCUGCAUUCUUCCAAGGCAAUCAGUGGGGAAUUUUUGUUCCUUGGUGGCAGAUGGGUUGCUCCAACUCUAAAGUGGACAAUGAGGAGCCCGUGAGGCGCUCCAAGGACAGGAAGCAGCUCAUGAAGCAGCUUGUGCGCCGCCGUCCUGAGCUUGCAGCUGCGCACAUUGCAUACCUGCACGCCCUCCGCAACACAGGAGCCACUCUCCGGCAAUUUGUGGAGCUGGAGUCUGCACUGUCACAGCAGCCUCCUGAAGGCCUUGCGGCGCCGCCCUCGCCUGCUCCACAGCCGCCGCCGCGACCACCACCUCCUGAACCCUCAGUCACAUCCUCAUUGCCACCCUCGCCACGCCCCCCGCCGCCUCUCCCUUUUAGUCCAAUAACCACCAUAAGGAAGAUGGAGAAGAGAGAUGAUGAGCUGCCACCACCACCUCUGGUUUUGAGUCCAAUAAGAUUAAGAAAGAGGGAUGAUGAGCUCCAUGGGGGUGAUUUUACUGAUGAUGAUGAUGACACCGACAGCUGCUCAACUCCUCUACCACCACCCCUGCCACCCGGCAUAGAUUGGGAGGAAUUGGAUCCCUACAAUGUGCGCCCCUUGAGUUUCCCAUCUCCAUUUGCUGAUAGGAACGAUAAAGAAGUGGCUUCACAGGUUACCAUGGACAAUGAUCCUGAGGUAGACACAGAAUUUGAUGGAGAGGAGGAUGCAAGUGUGCUUGGCAUUGAUGAUGGCAUUGUGGACAGGGUCCAUGUGAAUCCAGCCAAGGGUAGGGCUCUGGGUGAUGUCAACUCUUCAAUGGUGAGCAGGGUGACAAAGGAUUCAGACUCUAUGGCGGUGCCUUGGAGGAGUAAGAAGUCACUUGUUGAGAUUGUUAAGGAGAUUGAUGAGUACUUCUUGAAAGCAGCAGCAAGUGGGAAAGACGUUGUGAUUCUUUUGGACUCUGCUGGUGGGCGGCCUGAUGCCUUAGAGAUAGAGGCAAAGAAAGGUGCGGGAAAAAAUUCCAAAUCUGCGAAGGUUUUCUCCACGCUUUCUUGGAGCUGGUCUUUUAAAUCUCAGCAGGCUAACAGCGAAUCCUCAGUUCUGAAUUCUAGUGAUUCCUCUGGAUAUGGUUACCAUGGCAAGACGCUGGAGAAGCUUUAUGAUGAGGAGCAAAAACUCUACAAGUUAAUCAAGGAUGAAGAAUUUGCAAGGCUUCAGUAUAAGAAACAUGUCUCAGUGCUACAAAAGCUAGAAUCAGGGGAACAUGAUAGACUGCAUGCAGAAAGAGUACGGGAUGCUAUUGAAGAACUGCAGACUCGGAUAAUCUCAUUGGAGGAAGCUGUGAGUUUGGCGUGUUUUUCCAUAUCAAAUCUCAGAGAUGAGGAAUUAUAUCCUCAGAUUAUUGAACUAUCUGCUGGGCUUGUGCAUAUGUGGAGAAACAUGUACGAGUGCCAUCAGGUCCAGAACCAUAUUGCCCAGCAAGUUAGUCUCCUUGGCAACAUACCUGGGAGUGAACCAACAAGUGACACUCAUUGCCAGGCAACAUCUCAGCUGGAAAUUGAGGUGUCUGGAUGGCACAAUGCCUUCUGCAAUCUCAUCACAUUGCAGCGUGAAUACAUUAGCAUCCUUAACCAAUGGAUUGGUCUCACAGACUGCCUUCCAGAUGAUGGUGGCUUAAUGAGAAGUUCAUCUGGAAUACGUAGCCUCUCUGAGGAACUCCAGCGUGCUCUUGACAGGCUACCAGAGAAGAUAGCAGCUGAAGCAAUAAUGACCUUUAUGUCAAUCAUACACUCUAUAGUUGUACAGCAGAGUCAGGAGCGCCAACUAAAGAAGAAGUCAGAUAACAUGGAUAGCAAGUUCCAGACCCAGUUAGAGAAACACAGUGAAAAUGCAAUGCAAAAUUCAGCCCAGCCUCCAAAUAAGAAUCACUAUUCAGUAUCAAAGAAUGAAACGAAACUGGAUGCAUUUAGAAAGCAGGUUGAGGAGGAAAAGGCCAGAUACCUAACCUCUGUGAGAGUAAGCCGAGCCAUGACACUGAACAAUCUGCAGACAAGCCUUCCAAAUGUGUUCCAUGCUCUGGUGGGCUUCUCAGGAAUGUGUGUGCAGGCAUUUGAAGGUAUCAGCAGAUGCAGUGAAGUUGCUGUUAUUCACUCCGGAGCGGCUUCACCUGCUAUUUGCUCGUGACCUUGGUUCGAUGACUGUGAUUAUUCAUUGUAAGUAGGCAAAGUAUAAACUGGUUCCACGUGAAUACCCUUCGCUUCUAAUUUCCAGAACUUGAAUAGUUUUCGGCGGAUUAUGUGAAGUCAAUAUAGGCAUAAUAGUCUUGAAUAGAUCACAAAGUCUCAAUUUGAGAAGAGAUGGUUACCUCUGAGGAUAGUGGUAGAAAUAUGAAGUAUCAUAAAACAUAUGUGGCUUUAAAUUCUGGAAAGGAUUCAUGCAGACUUUAAAUUCUCGUGGUAUGAUAAUUCUACAUCUCAAUAUUUA